AUGUACGUUUUGUCCUCAGGGACAUACUGGGGCCAAUUCGAGGAGAUUGGAAAGUACAAUGCCAACUUGAGUGUGCCAGAGAGAUUGUGGGCAGCCUGGUAUGCCUGGAUGCAAAAUGAUGUCCUUGCCACGGGAAUCAUGUCAUUCGUCAUGCAUGAAGUUGUCUAUUUUGGACGCUCGCUCCCUUGGAUUUUCAUUGACACAUUGGGCUUAUUCAAUCGCUACAAGAUUCAGGGUAACAAAAUCCCUUCGCUACGGGAGCAGUGGGAUUGCGCAAAAUUCGUUCUCCUGAGUCACUUCACUGUUGAACUGCCCCAGAUCUGGCUCUUCCACCCCUUGGCGCAGUUCUGCGGACUCUCGACCUCGAUUCCAUUCCCUACGUUCUGGACCAUGGCAUAUCAGAUCGCGAUCUUCUUUGUGAUGGAGGAUACCUGGCAUUACUUCUCUCACCGUGCUCUACACUGGGGCCCUCUCUACAAGGCUAUUCACAAAAUCCACCACCAGUACUCUGCUCCUUUUGGUUUGGCCGCUGAGUAUGCCUCGCCGAUUGAGGUGAUGAUCUUAGGUUUCGGAACAGUUGGCUGCCCAAUCGUCUGGUGCGCUCUGACAGGUGAUCUACACAUUCUCACCAUGUACAUCUGGAUCGUGCUGCGCUUGUUCCAGGCCAUCGAUGCACACAGUGGGUAUGAAUUCCCAUGGAGUCUUCACCAUUUCCUUCCGUUCUGGGCUGGUGCCGAUCAUCACGAUCUCCAUCACGAGAAGUUCAUCGGCAAUUAUUCUAGCAGUUUCCGGUGGUGGGAUUACGUCCUCGAUACGGAGUAUACUCCCGAUGCCCUGAAGCGCCGCCGAGAGAACAAGGCGAAGAGCACGAAGGCCCAGUAG